AUGGGGGAAACGUCGCUCUUUCGUGUGGGGGACGACGUCGAGCUAUGGCGUGUGUUGGUGCACCUGAGCGUAUUGGUGGUUUGUCUGUUAUUGUUUGAGCGCAUGCUGCACCGUUUGGAAGUCCAUGCCGCCGUCUCCACCAAGUAUCAGCAGCUGCUGAGCAAAGCGUAUCGGGAACUAAUGAUACUCGGACUCAUCGGACUCGGGCUCAAAGUGAUCAAGGAAAUAUCUAGCGUCGACGGUAGCGGUGCUUCCAUCACAGCCUUUCAGGUCGCAGACCUGACCAUUUUCAUCCUGGCGUUGGCACUUAUCUUGCAGACCGUCUGCAUCUUUCUCAUACUGCGGAAGCACAAUUUCCUAGCAGAUCGAGCCGAACUCCUCCCAACAGAAGACUUGGCUGAUAUGUUACCUUCGUCAGCUUUGAGCCAAGAGACACAGGAGCUAGUUCAGCUGCGCUUGCUGCGUCAUUUGUUCCUUAAUCGAUUCGAGCUGCCACAGCUCUUCCCAUUUGCCAAGUAUCUUCGACAGGCGCAAAAUAACCAGAUCACACACAUGACCGAUGUGGGUGCACCAAUGUGGGCUUUGCUACUUGGCGUGGCUUGGAUGCUGGAGGGGAUCACAAUGGCCUUAAAUUAUGGGGAGCCAGCGCUGGCAAGGCGGCGUGGGCUUGUCAUUGUGCUGAUAGGUUUUUCGUGGGGGCUGUUGGCGUUACAUGUAGUUGUCUUCACUUUCUUCCGCUCAUGUGUUGAACAACUACUGAAGGCUGUUGGAAUGUCAGCAGAACAAUCCACUUUAGAGAGCCGCCUCAGGUUCAUCGCGCGCGAAGAAGCCCGAGCCUGGACUCAAGAGGAUGCUGGGAAUGCACUUUUGGUUAUGCAAAAGGUGCAAGAGCAGCGCGAAUUAAGCCACCGCGAACAGCAUCGUUCGAGCAACGGCAAAUACAGCGUGAAGUCCGAGUCAGCUUCGCUGAUAGAGAUUCGGUGGUUUUCACGGAAAUCGUGGCACUUUACAGUGAUGAUGCUGUUGAUGCUCAAUGGUUUCUAUCUUGCACUGAUAGUACAGUGCGUGUUCUACCAGCUCGAGAUUGUUUACGCUGACUUGGGACUUCUGGAGGUGCUGGCUAUUCCACUUCCUUUAGCUCUAAAUACUUUCCUUUUGCAACCGAAAAUAUUCCGGAGCUUUGUCCUGGUUAGCAGCAUUUUUAGUAUGGAUAGAACCACGUUGAGCGAGGUUGUUAAUCACUUCCGCGAAAUCGUAGAGCUGCGCUCUGAAUUUGCACUCUUAUUGUGCGUAAAAAUGCAAGCGAACAGGGUAUUAAUUGAUGAUCUGCAAGCGGAACUAAAACGUCGAGAUCCGAGCCGAUCUGGUUUUAUUGGCGUGGAGAAGAUGCGAGAAGUGUUGCGAGUCUGUGGUUUGCACCUGUCGAGGUUUAGAUUCAACAGCGUUGCCAAACUUUUGUUCGAGCUGAAAGAAAUGCGAAUCGACUAUGGUCAGCUGCUCAAGCUGGUUGCUAUCGCUCAGAGUGAGGAUCUAAGCGACAGUGCAUCCUCUGAACAAUUAAUAUUGAUCCAUCAUCACCCGCUACUUUUGCAGAGUGUACUGAGUGACGACGACGAAGAGGUGGUCACCACGGAUGAUAACACUUAUUCACCACCCCGUCCUGUACUAGCGACGUCGGCGCUCCUUACUGCAUCCAUCCCCAGUAGCGAAUGUGUCAAUGAAAGCAUAGCAGCUACAUCUGACGUAAGCUCCCUAUCUACACGACCUCAGUUGGAACGAAAAAGAAGUAAGUUUCAAGGAAUGAGCUCACGAACUCUUUGUGAUCUCUUUCACCUGGAAAAUACAGAAGAUCAAGCCGUGACAAUAACUUAA